AUGGAGGAAGCUGAAAAGGUUAAAGAGGAUGAAAUUGAGAAAAGGAAGGUGGAAUUGAAAAGGAGGAGAGUGAAAAUCAAGGUAUUGCUAAAAGGUGAAAAAUGGAGAUUGACUCAAGAACAUAUCAACAUGACAGAGAAAGAGGAGACGGUUGAACCGUCGGAACUUCCACCAAAGAUGAAGGAUCCAGGAGAGUUCAACAUCACUUGCACCAUUGGUGGGUUAAAAAUCCCACAUGCUUUAUGUGACUUAAGAUCGAGCAUCAAUGUCAUGCCGCUAAGAAAAUUUAAGAGAUUGGAGAUAGGAGAGAUAACAUCGAGCAACAUGACACUUACUUUGGUUGAUUCAUUUGUGACUUGUCCGCUUGGUGUUGUACAAGAUGUGCUAGUUCAUGUCAUUGGUUUUACCUUCCCUGCAAACUUUGUGGUGAUCGACAUGAAAAAUGAUUUGGAAGGGUCAGUAAUUCUCGGGCGCCCGUUCUUGGCAACCAGGAAGGCAAAAAUAGAUGUGGAGACAGGUGAAUUGAUCUUUAAGUUUGAUAAGGAGAAGGUGUUGUUUCAUACGAUAUCAUAUGUGGAGGAUCUUGAGACAUGCUAUCAAUUGAAAGAGGAAGGUAGAGAAGUUCACAAGAGUGUGAAAAAAGAGUUUUCACUGGCGUGA